AUGAAAAGAGUACGAAGCAAGAAAAUAGAAAAUGACAAAAAGCUAAGCGUACUCUACGAACAGGAGGUAGACAUGUCUCGUGUUCAGGAAUAUACAGGCCCAGCACUUGCCACAGGUGUGGAAAAGGAAGAGGAGGAAGAACACCACCUAAAAGAGAUUAUAUCCAGAAGGGCCCGAGACAUUCCUACCCCGCGAAUAGAGAAAGCAGCGAAGCAAGAAAUAAAAAAGAGAAAGACGCAAAAGAGCCAGGAGGCAGAGAAGGAGGCAGUACAUGAGGAGCCAGCAAACUAUUUGGAGGACACAGGGGAUGUAAACCAGCCAGACAUUGAAAGCAUAAUUAUGCAGGAGGGUGACUUGCCUGCAGAGUAUCUCCCCUUUGUCUGCUUCAGAAAAAGAGAACUAAAGACACUUAGAAAGGCAAGAAAGUCUGACAGCUCUGUUGAAAAGAUAAAGAAGAUAAAGGUAGACCUGCAGAUGAUUAGAAGACUCACAGAGCUGACUCUGCAAAGGGACAACUAUCUGUCGCAGCAUCUAACCACAAUCUUCAAUAUUUUCAGCAUAUGUAGAGAAAUGAACAAAAGGCUUGAUAUUGGCGUGCUAAACAUAAGCGAGAGUAUUCUCAGAGAUAUUUUGUUCACCAAAAUAACCAGCAAAAGCGAUCUUUUCUACAAGAGAAUACCUUCCUUUACCAAUCUGUAUCUCUGCAGGAAGAGCAUUGGCGGUCUUAGAAAGCUAUUGAAGGCAGGCCCACCCCCUGAGCACAGAUUGGAGCUCACAAAAAAGGAGAUAGACUACCUCAAUACAUAUUAUUAA